GAGACCUACACUUCACACACUCUCUUUUUAAGCCUCCGCUAUGUGGUUGUCGGAUAGGCAAAGUAUAGCCCUUUUUUCUCUGCCUUGAGUAUUUGUGAAUAUUCGCUUACGGAUCCGCAGAGUUUGGGGCUGGGUUCUGCGCAGGAGGUGCGACUAAUAGAUACUCGUGUACCUAUCCGGAGAUCGAAACUAAUCGGCUCACUGCGCAGGAGUUUUUUUCUUCCUCUUCGGCAUCAUGAUGUUCUUUGACAGAGCAAUGUUAGUAUCACCUUACCGCGAUCCCUCCAUAUCUGAUGCUGACUUUUCUCCAAACAGGUUGGCAAUGGGAAAUGUCAGUCCCUCCCAAAUACAUAGGCAAUCCAACCGCAAGCCACCCUACUCACCUUUAUCUCUUAUAUAAUAGAUCCUCUUUGUUGUCGGCAUAUCCCUAUUCAUGGGUCCAAAAAAGACCUUCUCCUUCUUCGCGCGCAAGGAAAAGUUCCGUGGGACAGCGUGUUUCCUGUUGGGCGUUGGAUUGAUACUGGCAAAAUACCCGCUGAUCGGGUUCUGCAUUGAACUUUACGGCAUCUUGAACUUGUUUGGCGAUUUCUUUGGGGUUAUAAUUGGGUUUUUGGGGUCCGUGCCUGUGGUAAGCAUGCGGCUUUGAGGGGGUGAGCUGUUGGAGGGACAAGAUAUUGACGAGGUGUGCUCCCUCAGGUCGGGCCCUAUUUGGAGGGACCAUUACGAAGGGUCACCGGU